CUGUGGUUGCCCAAACUGUGAAAACACGAAAAUACACUGACACAGGUCGCUAAAAACAGACUUUGCACGUACAAAAACAACAUCAUCUUGUUCUAUCAAUUCCUUUAUGUGAACUCCGACUUUUUGAUGAUUUGGAGAUCAGAUAAGGCCCAUCGCUAAGCCGGUUGAGAUCACUUCCAAUAUAUAUCCCCUUCGUUUACUGAUUACCUAUUUAAAUUAUCUUCAAUUUUUAAAAAAUAUUGGCAUAUGAAGGCCCUGAAAGGUAAUUCAGUUCAAGUUCCGGAAAGAAACGAAUGAAUCACUGCCUCAACCAAUGAGAAAAUKGUUCAACGAUUGACACAAGACGUCACCAGGACAGCUGAUCUGCUGUAAAAAGAGAGACGCAUCAGUAUUAGAGCGUCUGCGCUUCUCGAUAUGUUUCAGUUCUUCAGGCCUACGAUGUGUAGUCAUAACAACGAUCUAAUUUCUGGCAUUACUCUCGACUAUAACGACUAGAUGUGCUAAAGCUCUCCGUAAAAACGAUGUCCCCGAAUAACAGCAGUUUAUGGCGUUCCUCGCAAGCUAAGCCGAUGUAUUCUUACGAUCAGUGUUACUUCAUUGACGAUAACCCAGCUGAUUUUACCCAAGAUCACAGCACUACUUACUAUGCAAUCAUAGCCAUAAACUGCCUGUCUUGCCUGCCUACGAUUUUUGGCAACGUUUUGAUUAUUUUAGGGAUCUGGUCACUGCCUGUGCUACAUACUCCUUCAAAUAUUCUUCUCGUUGGUCUAGCGUGUUCUGAUCUUGGAGUCGGACUUCUYGUCCCACCUCUUAACAUUGCUAGGAUUGUCCCUAAACUUCAAGGAAGACCGUUCAAUAACUGGUGCACCGUUCAGGUUGCUUACACGUUCUUCGGCGUGAUGUUUUGUGGAGUGUCGUUUUUGACUGUCGCGGCCUUUAGUAUAGACAAAUACCUGGCUCUUCACUGGCAUCUUCGAUACGUGACAAUCGUCACCGCCAAAAGAGUCAUAUGUAUCGUUGUUUCUUUUUGGCUUAUUUUUGGCGCCAUGUCUACUAUUCAAAUCUGGAGCAUGACAGUGUAUCGUAUUCUAGUCUGCAUAGUCGUGCCCUUCUUUCUUUUAGGUACAUCCUUCACGUACUUUAGAAUCUACAGAGUCGUACUACGGCAUAAAGUCCAAAUACAAAGCCAGUCUCAAGUCACUACACAUAGCCAACAAGGAGCGAGUAAUAAUAAUCCAAGUAGUUCAUUAAACAUGGCACGAUAUAGGAAGUCAGUUACUAGCAUGUUCCUGGUCUAUUGCUUAUUUCUGUUAUGCUACAUUCCUUAUAUAUGUGUUCAAGUUACAAUCCUAAUCACAACUCUAAACUUUCAAAAURACAACCAGAUCAACUCUCGGAGUUACAGCUACCUCUACGUAGCAGUAGAUGUAACUGAAACGAUUGUGAUUCUCAACUCUUUGAUAAACCCUCUCAUUUAUUGUUGGCGAAUGCGAGAGAUUCGCCAUGCGGCCAAAGUUGCACUGUCCAUCAUUCGAUGCAAGGGUGGCCCGCAAUUACAAUCGGAUCGAUCCAUGGCAGGAUUUUCUUCCUAAUUCAAGACAAUUUUUCUAUACACGGAGAAAUAUAUCAAUGAGUUUUCCAUAAAUAUAUCCAUGUACAUAGAUAUCUAGCAAGUAAGUGGCUAUUUGUUCGUUUUGACUAGCUAUUCCUUGUCAAUAAUCAAAUACAGAAUAAAGAAAAAAACCCAAAAUA